AUGGUGAACCUAACAAGUGCAGGGUUCCAUGCCGUUAAGCCCAACAACGGCGCUGUUGGGAUCGGAUGCCUGAGAAGGAGCAUGGCGAUGCGUUUACUCGGAAGGCGGUUGCUGCAGCAGCUGAAGGAGCAGCACGUGAUUUUCUCUUCCUCGCAAUCGACUUCGUCCUUCUCCUCGCAGGCAACUUCAGAGAAUGGUUUAAUGACUUGCGGCCGAGGCGAUAAGAAGACGAAGCGUGGGAAGCGUUUCAAGGGGUCGUUUGGAAACGCGAGACCAAAGAAGGAGAAGAAGAUCCAGCGAAUCAAAGAUAGGAUCGAAGUCCCCAGGUCGACCCCUUGGCCCCUUCCUUUCAAACUUAUCUAAUGGAUUAUCGCAAGGCUAUUUUUGGCGCAGGGUUUCGGUUUUAUCAUAUACAUGAUAUAUUUCGUUAGCAGAAAAUAGGGUUAUUGCUACGGACAUCAUAUCAUGUGUAUUUUUGUUAGGUUUGAAGGGGAUGUUGAAGAAAUUUUACAUUUCUUCUUUCAUAUGUACUUUUUUUGAACUGUAGACUCUAAAAUUUGUCUUCUUUUAGGUAUAAGCUAUUUGAAAUUUUUAUUUCAGCUUG